AUGACGGACUCAACUCCGCGCUCUUGUCCCGUGUGCCUCCAGGCCUUCGCGCCGUCUGCAAACGCCUCGUCCUUCGCGCUGCACGUCGUCUCCUGCUCCUCGUCGCCUCCGUCCUCUCCCUCGUCCCCGUCCUCCUCCUCUACCACCGCUUCACACUGCACGCGCUGCCUCCACGUCUACGCUGCGAACGCGCUCGCCCACGAAAAGUUCUUCCACGAGCACGAGUGCGCGCGCGUCAACGCGUCCGGACCGGCCGAAACCGACGACUGCGACGUCUCGCCGGACGCCACGCGCUCGCCCAAGCGCCCGCGCCACGACCGACGCGCGUCCCUCGUCUCGCUCUUCCCCUUCACGUGCUUCCUCUGCGGCACGAGCGGCCGCGGCCUGUUGCACUGUCGAGGCAGCUGCGCGCGCGCUGCCCACGAAAAGUGCGUCAACCAACUGCAGCCGCCACCACUAGGAGCAGUUGCAACAGCAGGAGACACAGCCGCCGACCAAUGGACGUGUGCGCAGUGCGUCCGGGGCGUGCACAAUUGCCGUCGCUGCGGCUUCUUGGGCCAUGAAGCUAACGGCAUGCGCAAGUGCGCCGUGCGUGACUGUGGCCUGCACUUCCACGCGCACUGUCGACGGCCCCAGACAACGCCAGGCGAGAAGCAGACGCUGGAGAGCGCGUUCGUGUGUCCGCGUCACACGUGCGCGACGUGCGGCGGUCUGGAGACCGACAUGAAGCUGUGUCGGAGCUGCUCCGUCUGCUCGUACAUGACGCACUUGUGCUGUCCUCGACGAGGUGGUCGUAACAGCAGGAGCAACAAUAGCAGCAGCAGUUUGUCACUGACCAGCAGCAGCAGUAGCAGUCUGGAACCCGCGUUGUCGCAGAAUCUCUUUGAGUGUCCUCGACACGACAAAGACAGGACCAAGUCAAUGGCCACAGUGCUCAAAAGUCGGGAUGCCAGUAACUCGCUCCGGAUGCGACUCGCAGUAGGCGACGCAGUACUCGUGCUCGAGUUUGACAACGCGCUGUUACCGUCGAGCGUCAAAACGGCAGCCCCGGACACCGCGAAUUACUGGGGCGUCGUCAUCUCGGCGGAAGAGACGGAGCCACGUGGAUGCGGGAAUCAGCUCUUGAAUGUGCGGAUGUUUGCCGAUGAUAAGGUGCUCGUGGUGCCGAACCAGUACGCACUGCGCACGGCCACGGCAGCCGAUUUUGCCCGCUCGAUGGACUUUGUUCGUCAUUGUUUGCAGCGUCACGCGAUGGUGGAGCUCCAGCUGCGACACAUGGAAGCAGGAAACGUGGAUGACGACGAAGCUAAGCGCAUUGUGCAGGUCAGUAACGCCGCUUUUGCUGCGUGUCUUAAAGCACUGGAAGUGACUCCAGCGCAGGCUACUAGCGACGCCGAGCAAGGGCUUUUGCUUUGGCGUCGAUUUCAGAGUUUGGCAGAGCUGCGUCAGUAUGACGGCCUCGGAGAUGCAGCGCCAGCUUACUUAUACAUUGAUACUCGUGGAUCUCGCUUAAAACAGCAUACUCCGAGCAGUGUAAAGGCAAAUGGCGUCGAGAUAGGCUUGGACAGAGACAUGUCAGUUCGUGGCGACGCCGGCCCACAUACCGGUGGAGCUGCUAUCAACGGCGUGAGUAGCGGAAUGUUGUACUUGAGACGACCACAGAAUGCCGGAAGAAGCCCUCGCGAAGCAGAAGCUAAUCAAGCUACCGAUGCAAUGCUGUCUGGCACGCAUCUGAUCCAAUUGUUGCCGGGCGGCUCUCCGUUAGAACAACGGCACACCAAUACACUAGGUCCGGCCUUGACAACGACACAAGACGCUCAGCCGGAGAACAGAAGUCGAUCUUGGGCACAAGCUCGUCUCGAUGCGGCUCUCUCGCCCAGUGCCUCUGCUCAGAUGACUACUACUCACGGCAGUGCCGCUGGCUCGGAUGUGAACAGCAAUAAAUUUACGACGGACAGUGAAAAAUGUGCUGGGAGCGUGAAGCGACAGAAGUUGCACGCCCAGAAGUCAGCACGGUUUGGCGCAGCUGAUUGUGCAUCUAUCGAUGUACAACGCAUUCGUUCAGGAGGAACGUUGAACAGUUCAUCGACUUCAGCCACCACGCACAUAUCUCCAGUGGCGUCAAACGUGCGUACGCUGCGUCCUCAGAUACGCAAGCUACUGAUCAGAAAGCAAAAGCUGUUGGCCGAAACGCCUCCACCAGUGAUAGAGGAGCUUGAGCGCGCGGCAUUGUGUUACCUUGAGGAAGCUGAUGGAUCCACGCCAGUGCCAACAUGGAUUCCGACGGAUGCAGAUGCAUUUCCGUGGGCUGCUCGUGCCACGAGCUUUCGUCCCGCAUUCUACAGACCCACUGUGAUGCUUGGACACGAUAGUUUGCAUCGGUCCGGAUUCGACGACGUUAGUCGUUUGCUGGUAAGCCAAGACAAACGCAGCAUCAAAUGUUUUGUUCAGAUUAUUGAGACGGAUGCACCGAUGCCCGGGUGCUCUGAUUUGGGCAAAGAGUCAUCGUCUGUGUCACCGGGGUUUGUGCUAUUGGACCUGCUGACCUUGCGCAGCUUUCAUGAUUUGGAGUCGGUGGUGCGCGCACGACUGGUCGAGGGGUUGGCGCAGCACUCGCAUUACACUCGUGAGCAUCUCGGUACGAAUGUCCACCGAGCUCAACGUUUGGUGGAGCAGCAAUGCCACAAAAAGACACGCGACCAACCGCCUAUUUCCAUAACUUACUGCAACACGAAAGGUGUCAGUCAUCACGUUGACUUGCAGAAAAUUUCUUCGAAGCCAUCUCCAAAGGUUACCCGGGAGUGGCUUGGCUUCUGCGCGAACGUUCGCCACGUUUCGGUCGUAAUUACCAUGCCAAGCGUUGCAUGUUCCAUCCGGCCGCCAAUUACGACCACCCUUCAGCAAAGUGCAGUGGCUAAGUAG